UGUGACGGGGAAGUAUGCUUCUCAUCGCAGUGCAUCUGGCUGUCCCCUGGCGGCCAAGAGGCAGAAAGACAGCUACAUGAACGGCGCCCAGUUUGUGUGGAAGUCUGGGAAAACGGAUGGGAUGACAUGCCCAACUCCUGGCUGCGAUGGCUCGGGACAUGUCAGUGGGAGCUUCCUAACCCACCGCAGCCUCUCCGGUUGUCCCCGCGCCACUUUGGCCAUGAAGAAGGCCAGGAUGAGUAGUACAGAAAUGCUGACAAUUAAGCAAAGAACAGGCAAAGGAAUUGAAAACGAUGAAGAAAUCAAACAGCUGGAUGAAGAAAUCAAAGAUCUAAAUGAAUCCAACAAUCAAGUGGAGUCAGAGAUGAUAAAACUGAGGACACAAAUCACCACCAUGGAGACAAACCUGAAGUCCAUUGAGGAAGAAAACAAGGUGAUCGAACGGCAGAAUGACUCGUUGCUUCAUGAACUUGCCAACCUCAGCCAAUCACUGAUCCACAGCCUGGCAAACAUCCAGCUUCCACAAAUGGAACCAAUGAACGAACAGAACUUUGACACGUAUGUGAGCACUCUGACACACAUGUACACCCACCAGGACUGGUACCAGAGCCCAGAGAACAAGGCGCUGCUGGAAAACAUCCGACAGGCUGUUCAAGGCAUCCAGGUGUGA